CGAUUUUCAGUUUGAUUUUGACAGUGGCCGCGUUCGGUUGUCGGCGAGUUAACGGCGCGCCCUACGAGAGCCGCUUUAAAGGCCACAAAGCCCAGCUUUUACUUAAGUCGCGAACAACAAAGCAUACAAUACAAACACAAGAGCAGAAGCAGCGUUAAAAGUGUUCAAUUUGUUUCGUUCAAGUUUUUAGUUGUUUGUGUUUUAUUCUGUUUUUCCCACCUUUGUUUUGUGCCCCAUUCUUUCGUUUACACGUUAUCAACGCUCUCUUGUAACACACGGCAACAACAAGCGCGAAAGUUUAUGUUUAACCAAAAAAGAAGAGAAUAAAUAAGGAAAAAAAAAAACGAAACGAAACGAAAAGAAAAGAAAGCAAAGAAAAGAAAUGAAAUGAAAAAAGCUGCAUCGGUUAUCAGACGCUGACAAUUAUAUAGACCUGCAUAUAAAUACAUAAGCAAGACAGCUAGACGGCAAGACAGCAAGAGGAAGAGAAGCAACAACGUGUGUCCGCGUUAUCAGGCAACGAACAAAAAAACAAAAACAGAAAGCCAAAAGCGACCUCAAAAGAAAAAUAAAGGUAGCAGCAUAGCGUUGUUGUUAUGCCGAUGACUUCCAGCGUAGUUGUCACCAACAACAACAACAACAAGAACAACAACAACAGCAACCAUUACAACAAACGGAGCUACAGCAUCGACAACAAUCUGAAAUUGACAGACAAAGCCAUCGAUUCUGUGGCUUGCGCUGAAUCUUUAAAGGAAUUGUGAGUUGGAAGCGAAGUGAAUUUAUUGCAAAUACCAAAUGAAAACCAAGAAAAACAACAGCAGCAACAACAACAACAACAGCAACAACGACAGGAACACACUUGCUGAGGAACAAUUGAAGAAGUUUCGACCUCGCAGUCAUACGUACAAGUGUCUCAAUCACAAUCCGCUAAUCAUAAAUCCAAAAUUGAAUCUGAAUUCGUGACGCAUUAAAGUGCGAAAACGUCGAAAAAGUUGCAUUAAAGUAAUAACUACUGAGAGAUACAGAGACAGAGAGAGAGAGACGCAAGUUCAAGUUGUGGUUGACGACGUCUUUUCUCUUUGCUUUUUGCUUUCUGCCUUGAUUUUGUUGUUUUUGGCAACGAAAGCGACUCACACCCACCGAACAGCAGCAGCGACAGCGACUGUUGCAUGCACUUUUUGUUGUUGUUGUUAACGUUUCAAACUCACUGCCAAAGCGGCUACCUUAAUUGCCCUGACAGCAGCAGCAGCUAUAAACCAACCGAAAACAAAAAGCCAGCAAGUGAAAACUUACUGAAAACCAAGCUGACUCAAAGAGAAAGAGAGAGAGAGAGAGAGCAGCAUUAAGCCAAAUCUAGAUUGUGAAUGACAAAGAGCCAACUCCUUCAGUUGUUGGCCAGCUACAAAAACAGCAACUUGGCUCACACGUUUCCUUUGAGCAGCAACUGGAACUGGUAUUUUCCAUCAUUAUAUUAUCCGCCAUCAGUGAGUGCAGCAAACCGCACACACACACACACACACACACACACACACACACACAGAUACUUUUACACACAAAUGUAUUCGGCUGUUGAUUAUUACCCGGAAAUGGGACAAAUCUCUCAAGAUUGUUCCUCAACAGAUCUUGACAUGGAUGAUCUCGAUGAUUGUGAUCAAGUUACACAAGUUAUUGGCUAUCAUCCGCGCUAUCGCGAUCACUUUCUGCGCACGCAGAAUUUCAUCAUGAAAGGCGAUGGACCGCUGCCCUAUGCUUAUAGAUACUAUUUGGCCAUAAUUGCUGCCGCACGCCAUCAAUGCCCGUACCUGGUGAAGCGCUACGAGAAGGAGUUCCUCAAUCAGGGCGGCAAUAGAGAAUGGCUGAACGGAGUGGACUAUAUACCCGCCAAAUUACGUGCCAUAUAUGAUAUAAAUAAAAUAUUAGCACACCGACCCUGGCUGUUGCGGAAGGAGCAUAUCGAGCGUCUGACCAAGGGCAAAAAUAGUUGGUCAUUGUCGGAGGUGGUGCAUGCGAUGGUCUUAAUAUCGCAUUUCCAUUCGCUAUCCUCAUUUGUGUUCUCCUGCGGUCUUACACAGAAGCUCGACGGUUUGUCUAGUCCCAAAUUGAAAGGUGCGCCCGUGUCGCUCGAUCCAGCGACUCGCCAGACGACAACCAGCCCCAUCCACCCCCAGAUACAACUCCAACAGCAGCAGCAGCAGCAGCAUCAGCAGCAACAGCAACUUCAACUGCAGCAACAACAGCAGCAACAGCAACAGAAAAAUGUUCUUGGCGAGAUAUCGUUGAACAAUGGCAGUGGCAGCAGCAGCAUUGGAGUUGGCAUCAACGGUGGAGCAACAGACAAUAAAGGGAAUGCAGCUAGCAACGGUUUUGGCCAGCAUUAUUUGGCAACGGCACAGCAACAGCCGCAACAGCAUGGCAUCUCGGUGGAGGCCUUGAUGGAGCGCAUGAAGGUCUUGUCCCAGAACCAGGAUGAAUGCAGCGAGGCCGAGCUGAGUAAUCGCUUCAAGAGCGUUGAGCUGCAGACCGCUGAGCUGGCAGCCGUAACGCCCGAGGCAACUGUCGCCUUGCCUCCCAUUAUUUCGCACUAUGUGGACGAUCCGAAUUUCACAUAUGAGGAUUUCGCACGACGCGGUGCCGAGAAUAUAAACACGUUUCGCAUACAGGACUAUUCGUGGGAGGAUCAUGGCUAUUCUCUAGUGGACGGUUUGUACAACGAUGUGGGCACUUUUCUGGAUGCCAAGUUUCGAGCUGCCUAUAAUCUGACGUAUUUCACCAUGGGCGGCAUUAAGAAUGUGGAUACAUCGAAGUUUCGCCGUGCCAUUUGGAACUACAUUCAAUGCAUUUUCGGCAUACGACACGAUGACUACGAUUACGGUGAAGUUAAUCAGUUGCUUGUGCGUCCGUUGAAAAUGUUCAUAAAGACAGUCUGCUGUUUUCCGGAGCGCAUUACCACCAAGGAUUACGAUAGUGUGCUCGUCGAGCUGCAGGACAGUGAAAAGGUUCAUGUUAAUCUAAUGAUAAUGGAGGCCCGUAAUCAGGCCGAACUACUCUAUGCUUUGCGCGAGAUAAUGCGCUAUAUGACUUGAUCUCAUUAAGUGAUUAAUAUAUCUAUAUCUAUACAACACACACAACAUAUAAUAUAUACACCAUACAAUAUACAUAAAUAUAUAUAUAUACAUACAAACGGAUAUAUAUAUCAAAUACUUAGCCGAGCUGACGAAAACCUUUCUAAUUUUGAAUGAGCAUUAAAAAAGAGCAGAAGGAAAUCGAGUUAAAUAUUAUAACAAUUAAAAUAUCAGCUUUUUGAAUUUGUGCAAUGUCUAUUGAUUGAUCCAGUAUAAUCAAAAAAAAAAAAAAAACAGAAAUUGUCAAUGUCCAGUUUAAAUACAAUUCAAUAGUCUGUGUCUAUGAUAUUAAAUGUGUUACACUUGCAACAUAACCAAGUAAAUACCAGUUUACCCUAUGGAAAUCAAUAUUUAUGUAAUCGAAUUUCAAGAUUUGAUUAUUAGUUCUGUUUCUUUUAAAAAAUGCUUGCAACAAUCACUGUACAUAUGUAUUAUGUUUUGUUAAAAUAUUUUAGUGAAAUAAACACAUUUUUAUUUUAA